AGCAGAGACAAGAUAGCCGUUCCUCUUUUAGACAAGAAAAUUGUGAAGAAGCGGGUCAAGAGAUUCAUCAGGCCUCAAAGUGACAGGAAAAUAUGUGUCAAGCCAAGCUGGCGCAGACCCAAGGGUAUUGAUUCACAUGUUAGGAGGAAGUUCAAGGGAGUUACUUUGAUGCCAAACAUUGGUUAUGGCUCAGACAAGAAGACCCGCCACUAUCUGCCCAAUGGAUUCAAGAAGUUCCUUGUCCACAAUGUCAAGGAUCUUGAACUUUUGAUGAUGCAUAACCGAACUUACUGUGCUGAGAUUGCACACAAUGUGUCAACAAGGUUAAGAAAGGCUAUUGUUGAACGUGCUGCUCAAUUGGACGUUGUUGUGACCAACAAACUGGCUAGGUUGCGCAGCCAAGAAGACGAGUGAUUUCUCUUGCAAUGUCAAAUUAUUUUUGUUUUUGUUAUGAAGAUGACAGAAAAUCCUUUGAAUUGUUGUUUGGUGGAUUACUGUGUUUGAA